AUGGCUGUUGUGGAGAAGUUCCUGCGGGACGGAAGAGCGUGCACUGAAGCCGAGGCACUUGGAAAGGUGUUGAAUGAGCGCUACCGACGGUGGUUUCUUCUGAGUGUAUUGCCUCGGCAGUGGUGCAGGGACAAGAGGCGAAAUGUGUUGUAUGCACCAGUUUUCCAACUGCUGUUCGGAACCUCAGAUAAUGAAGAAGAGUUGGAUAUUUUCAUUGACUCUACCGAGAGCUCUCAGUGGCGUUUGUUACUCUACAACAUGAAAAACAGUUGCCAGGAGGUACUGUGGGAAACGAAGGGUGCGGAACUGGUUGCGGAUAUCUUUCGUUUCGUUCCUGCAUCGCUUCAUCCCGCGUCGUUUGACUUGAGGUGUGUGACUGUUGGUGAUACUCAUGAGAAACUGGGACUCUUUUCCGACCGUGCGUUUUCUCUAUUCAAGACACGCCUCGAACAUGUGUUAGCACCGCUUGCCCUGCAGUCCUUUACAGUUUUGCGACAUCACAUAACAGAGGUCAUUUCAGGUAGGAGAUUACCUGGGAUGGCAGGUGAGGUCGUUGCAUGGGCUGUGCAACAUGAACCUGCUGCGGUAGACGUAUCGGCACCAUCACAGGUGGGAAACGACGCGGUACUAAGGUCAUUUCAGCAAGUACACCCUUUACUGUAUACAGCAUCGUUUCGUGAACCUGAUAAUAGUGACUCCAUCGUGUCAGCAGCAGGUGCAAUGACGAGUGACGGGACCGGUGCGGACGGAUCAUUCCCUGCUCUAGAGGUAGAACGUCGCAUGGCGAUAGAAAAUUUGAAGAAGCGAGUGGGUCACGUAACCUCCUUUACCCUCCCAACCAUUUCAUCAUCUGACACUUCCUCUGCGGUGACAGGAGAUGGCCGUUGGCACGUCCUUCUCAUUCAGAAGCCUUUUGUGGAGAAACAAGAGGUAUCUGAGGAAAAUUUAGACCCCGGCCCACUUGCCCCGCAACCAAUAGGAGCGGAGCUUCACCUAAUGCAAGAUGGAGGUGAAGUGCUUUACCUUCAAGACCGGCUGUGUGAUGAAAAAUCUUUUGAUACCGUUUACGACGACAUGAUGCAUGAAGAUGGUGAAGUUUUCGCCCAACUAACGCCACUUGAAGGUAUUGCCUUCGACGAUAUUGACCGUUUCUUAUUUUUUUUGUCGAUGCAGGAGCAAGCAGUUGAGACGUUUCCAUGUGAGCCGCUAUGCAAAGGAUCCUGCAGUAGCUACUCUUUCCCAAAAGUUGUUUAUCGGACGCCAACAGGGUCUGUAGUGAAAGACACGCCAAUUGCCUCCCCACAUGUGGAGGUUUUGGAAUAUUCACCACGUAACGAGCACGAUUGGGCUGCUGCCGCAGCGGCCUUUCAGUUCCUCUCGAGGAACAUCAUAUCAUGCAAGGAUGGCAACUACACACUACCACGAGAUGUGUCUCCUGUGCCCCCACCAACACACAAUGAGGUUUGUUCAUGGUGCCAACGGCGCCGUGACAAACUGUUACGUUGUGGUAGAUGCCGCGUGGAAAUGUACUGCUGUAGGAAACAUCAAAUGAAUGGCUGGAAGAGCGGCCAUCGUGAGAUGUGUGAACUGUGGCAGAGGGCGCGAGAGGACUACGAGCAGCGUGUGCUACCGCAUUUGAAGGAAAGGGGAGUGAAACUUCCCCAAACCACCACCGCUUCGACAGUAAUGACGUUGUUCAAGUUUUUGACGGAUAACACCUCGGCACUUCAACGGAAAGUGAACCCUAUUAUCCAUGUUGUUGACGCUGACAGUGAUGUACAACCAUUUAUUGCUGAGUUUGCGCCCUGUGUUACUGCAGCACGUUCUGAUUGGGGACCAUCGCAUUCUGAGUGGCCAUGGAAACAACUCAGGAUCCUCCUAUGUUCUGAUACUUUCGCAGAAGAGGAUCACAACGCGGUGUACGCUGUCACAAACGAUGGUAAUUUUGUGAGGACGCCACCAACAACCGUCCUUGGCGAUGUAUGGCACACGCAUUCGUCGGGUGAUGUAGCAAACUCUGCCGUGCUUCUACGUUUCUGCAGUACGAAAUAUCAUAUAUUUGCCAAUGAUACUAUGAUUAGAGUUCGUACUACCUCGGGAUCAACAGAUGAGAGUGAUAUUACCCCAUCAGCAGUAGCAUACUUUGGCAAGUCAACGGGGAAUGGUAUGACGUACUUCAGCGGUGUUGCGGAGAUUCUUGCUGACCGUUUUGUUGGUCAUAUACCCGUUCUCUGCACGGAAGCUACCCUAGUGAAUGCGCACAACAGUGUCCAUGCGGUAUUUACCCGAGUGAAAAAUAGUAGUGUGAUAAACAGAGAUAUAAAAAACGCGGUGUUGCGUUGUCACGGUGAUCCCAGUUCGCUGAUACAACUAAACAUCGAUGGCAUGGGUGGUAAUGCUGCUGACCCUCGUGCUUCUGGCGCGUUUGCAGGGCCCUUACCGGCGAGGGAAGUGGCUGUUGCACGCCACCCAAACAGUUACUACUUUGUCAUACCUUCCGUAGGUGGGAAAAAGUGA